GUAAAAAGUCGGCUAGAUGACGAGGUUUAAUAAUGUCUCUUUCAGUCGGUUUUGAAUGGCCGUUACGCUCAGGCAGUGACGCCGACAGCCUCUCAGUCUUCUUUUAGGAGGAGGCGGGGCUUUCUCUCUCUCUUUCCGCCGGACCCGCCAUCUUGCAGGUAGCCACAUGAGAGCUCGAGCUCCGCCGAAUUCACUAAAUAUCGGGGAAGUGGGUUUCCCCUCCGGAUACAAACCGCGGGGGUGAGAGGGCAGACUGCCCGCAGUCACCGGGGAGGGAAAUCUGGGGAUUAUGGGUAAUGGGAGAGGUCAUGGCUGGGCUCACUGACCGAGACUGGGAGGCCUCAGCUAUCAGUAUGGAUUCUAUCACUAGUGAUAUCUAAACACAGUCACUGAGACUGGCCUUCACAGACUGAGACUGCCCCCGGCCUCCACAGACUGAGACUGCCUGACCCCAGCCUACAGCAUGGACCCCAUUAAUAGUGAUAUCUAAAUACAGACACUGAGACUGCCCGGCCUUCACAGACUGAGACUGGCCCCAGCUUAUAGCAUGGAUUCUAUCACUAGUGAUAUCUAAAUACAGACUGAGACUGACCCCAGCCUACAGCAUGGAUCCCAGUAAUAAUAAUAUCUAAAUACAGACACUGAGACUGGCCCCAGCCUUCAGUAUGGAUCCCACUAAUUAUACAGCCUCUCACUGAGCCCCAGCUAUCAGUAUGGAUCCUACUAACUACCCUGCCUCUCACUGAGCCCCAGCUAUCAGUAUGGAUCCUACUAACUACCCUGCCUCUCACUGAGCCCCAGCCAUCAGUAUGGAUCCUACUAACUACCCUGCCUCUCACUGAGCCCCAGCUAUCAGUAUGGAUCCUACUAACUACCCUGCCUCACACUGAGCCCCAGCCAUCAGUAUGGAUCCUACUAACUACCCUGCCUCUCACUGAGCCCCAGCUAUCAGUAUGGAUCCUACUAACUACCCUGCCUCUCAAUGAGCCCCAGCUAUCAGUAUGGAUCCUAUUAAUAGUGAUAUCCAGCUGCAUUCACUAUGACUGGCCUUCACAGACUGAGACUAGCUCAAGCCAUCAGUAUGGAUCCUACUAACUACCCUGCCUCUCACUGAGCACCAGCUAUCAGUAUAGAUCCUAUUAAUAGUGAUAUCCAGCUACAUUCACUAUGACUGGCCUUCACAGACUGAGACUGGCUCAAGCCAUCAGUAUGGAUCCUACUAACUACCCUGCCUCUCACUGAGCCCCAGCUAUCAGUAUGGAUCCUAUUAAUAGUGAUAUCCAGCUACAGUCCCUGUUACUGGCCUUCACAGACCGAGACUGCCUGAAUUUAGCCUUCAGUAUGGAUUCCAUUAAUAGUGAUAUCCAGCUACAGUCACUGUUACUGGCCUUCACAGACUGAGACUGCCUGGCAUUCGCCUUCAGCAUGGAUCCUACUAAUUAUACAGCCACUCACUGAGCACCAGCCAUCAGUAUGGAUCCUAAUAAUAGUGAUAUCCAGCUACAAUCACUCUCUGAGCCCAAGUUAUCUGUAUUGUCCUUACUAAUGACAAGCUGCAGUCACUGUGACUGGUUUUCACAGACUGACGCUGGUCCCAGCCUUUAGUAUGAAUUCUACUAAUUAGGGAUCGACCAAUAUUGAUUUUUUAGAGCCGAUACCGAUAAUCUGCGAACUUUCAGGCCGAUAGCCGAUAUCUUGCCGAUAUUCUGUACAUUUACUAUUUUGAAUAAAUAAACUAAUUCGAAAGGUAAAUGCACAAAAUAUACAUGCCACAUGUAGUGGAUGAAGUGUUUUUAGACAGGGGAACUGUGUGUGUAGUGGAUGCAGAGUGUGUGUGUAGUGUGUGUGUAUAAUGAAUGUAGUGUGUAUAUAAUGCAGUGUGUGUAGUGUUUAUAUAAUGCAGUGUGUUUAUGUAUUGUGUGUGUAUAAUGCAGUGUGUUUUUGUGUGUGUAUGUAAUGCAGUGUGUAUGUAAUGCAGUGUGUGUGUGUGCAGUGUGUGUCUGUAAUGCAGUAUGUGUGCAGUUUGUUUGUGUAGUGUGUUUGUAUGUAAUGCAGUGUGUGUGUGUCUGUGUAGUGUGUGUAUGUAAUGCAGUGUGUGUGUCUUUGUAGUGUGUAUGUAAUGCAGUGUGUGUCUGUGUAGUGUGUAUGUAGUGAUGUAAUUUGUGUAAUUUUUUAUUAAUAUUUUUUUAAUAUUUAAAUGUUUUUUUGUUUAGUCCCCCCCCAGUGUGUGUUUGUGUAGAGUGUGUUUGUGUCUGUGUAGUGUGUAUGUAAUGCAGUGUGUGUUUGUGUAGUGUGUGUUUGGGUGUGUGUAGUGAUGUAAUUUGUGUAAUUUUUUAUUUUAAUAUUUAAAAAUGUUUUUAUUUUUUGUUUAGUCCCCCCUCCCUGCUUCUUACCAGGGAGGGGGAUAUAGUAUCCCCUGGUGGUCCAGUGGCUUGUUAAGUACAGUGGUGGCUCAGCAGCAGCAAGCGCUGACUUACCUUGCAAGCAGCUCCUACAGCUCCCUGUGUAAAUCUCGCGGCUCUUAGUGCCGCGCGGAGCGUUGCCAUGGUAACCCGUGGCAACGCUCUGCGGCCGCGGGUCUCGCGAGAUUUACACAGGGAGCUGCAUGCAAGGUAAGUCAGCGUUUGCUGCUGGCCCCCACAGGACCGCCGGGCUUGUAAUGGGCCCGGCGCUCCUGUUAUAUAUUAUCGGCAAUAUCAGUAUCUGAAUUGGCCGAUACCGAUAUUGCCGAAAAUACCAAAUAUCGGCCAGACCGAUAAUCGGUCGAUCCCUACUACUAAUAGUGACAUGCAGCUUUAUUAAAUCACGGUUCCCCAGCCAUCAGUAUGGACCCUGCCAGUACUGUGAUCCAGCUACUGUCACUGGGUCUGCCCUUCACAGAUUGAGACUGCCCGGCUCCAGUGAUCAGUAUAGAUUCUACUAAAAUCUCUGCGUUAUUUUCUCUGUGAGCCUCCGUUAUCAGUAUGGAUUCACCUAUUAAUAAAAUCCAGAUGGCAAGGCAUAGUAAACUAUUUCCAAGUAUGAACACAGCAGGUGUUUCUUUACAGAUGGCUUUACAUGAAUGUGAUGUUGUAGAAAUAUAAACUGUUGUAGUUUAUUGGUAAAUGUUUGUUUAGUAAUCUAACUUUACACAAAGAUUGACGCGUACAGUUUUGCUUUAGAGCAUGUGCUAAUUUUUCUGUUGUGUUGCACUCAUCCUUUUUAAAACAAGGAAUUUAACACCUGGAUUAGCAUUUUGAAAACUUCCAUAAGUUCCAUUGGAAUACUAACAAGAACUUAUUUUUCAAAUAUAUUGUAAUUCCUUAUUUUCCAAGCCCCAGAGUUCUGUUUUUUGUGACUGGUAUCCUAUUUAGUGUUCUGUCAUGUACAAUUAAUGUGGCCAGUGUCCUCAAGUUAGUUUGCAGCAUAUAUUUCUGUAGUGUUGACUUCCCAAAACGUUUCUGUAUUUUAAGUGAAGAUUAAUAAUGUAACUUUUUUUAUUUCCAUGUCUCUUUCUACUCAAUAGUAAAUCGCAAAAAUGACGAACACAAGAGGAAAAAGGCGUGGAACCCGUUAUAUGUUCGCCAGACCCUUCCGUAAACAUGGUAAGAGUGCUGUAUUUUUAUUUGUAGAAGUGUGUGUAUAAAUUUUUUUUUGCACUUUAGAGAAAAUAUGAUUGUAAAUGUCAAGGCUAGAGGACUUAUGGAGUAUAUUUUCUCUCAAUUUAAUGUAACAGCUGCUACAUGUUGUCUGCCGUUUGUCUGCCUACAAAGCAGCACAUUCAGAACAUAAUUCUAGCGCUACCAAUGAAGUUAAAUACAGUAAUAGGAAAGUUUUGAUGCAAGCAAAAUGUCCUUGGGAGUCAGUGAAUUGGAUCACGAUUUGCUUCACCGUCCCUUGCUAGAGAAAAACUCUGCCAUCCACAAAUCCUUUUGAUAGCAGAUUUGUGGGGUGAUAUUCCCUGUGCUGGCAAAAUAACGUAACAUUCAUCUUUCUCCCACUAUGGAGUCCUGAACUGAAUAAAGUGAAUGCUCUACUAUUUUAACUUGGAAAAAAACUUAAAUACCUAAUGGAAGUUCUGCUUUGAGAUUUGGUGUGGUGGGUGGUUAGGUCGACAAAAACAUGCUAUCCAUUUCUCUCUAAUAUUUGCGUUAUAAUUGCUACUACCAUAAUGCUCUAUGAUGAUCUUUCUCCUUACUAUUUACGUAAGUAAAUGUGAGUCAAUUAUUUCACCGGUUCUGAGAGCAUUAAUAGUUCUUUUUGGGGAUGUUUGUAAAUGCUUAAGAUUAUAUAGUUUUAAACUUGGAUUUAGAAAAUUGGGCAGACUAGAUUGGCCGAAUGGUUAUCUGCCGUCACAUUCUAUGUUUCUAUGGGCCACUCCUUUAAAACAUACACAAUUACUGCAGCCCACGUUUCAUUCUUUGAGAGCAUUAUGCUUGGCUUGUUCUUUGUCCAAUCACAUGCUUUCAGUAGAGAAAUAUUGCUGACAUGACAGAGCUUCCAGUGUACCCAUGCAUUACUUGGAAGUGGCUAAGGUAUUUGGUACUUUCAGCCAUAUGUAGCCUUUGAAUAAAUGCAGAUGGCAGUGUUUAAGCCAACUUUAAUAAAGUCAAAGUUAAAAGAACCUGCCAGCCCCACAAAACUACUUCAUUUCAGUGAUGAGGGGUCUGAAGGUGCUUUGAACUAUAUUACAUAGAAUGGCACGUGUGCACGAAACUGGUGCAAGCGUGAAUGCAAAUGCAGCACUUUCAUUCAUACUGCCUACGUAAUUGUGAGGCUAGUGAUGUCCUUUUAUACUCUAUAGUAGCUAUUUCGGAGGCGGCAGCCCAGUUUCUUUUAAGUAUGCUUAUGCACUGGCUGAGAAUUUUGCUAGUCUGAUGUGCUAAUGCAGGCAUAGGCAACCUUUUGGCACUCCAGAUGUUUUGGACUACACCUCCCAUGAUUCUUGUCCAGCAUUAGGGGGGUGUAGUUCAAAACAUCUGGAGUGCCAAAGGUUACCUAUCCCUGUACUAAUGUAUAGGUUACAUUUGAAGGUUACUACAUGUAGCUGGCCAUACCAUUAAUGCUUUCUGAAUAACAUGUCCAAUGUUGAGAUUUCUUCCGCUUAUAUGUACUUCACUAUUGUCAUACAUUGGCUUUUGUAGUAACUCUUGCUUUGAAAAUGAUAUGAAUACAUUGAGUACUGUAAUCUAUGCAACUAGAAAUAAAAGCUUGCGUUCUGCUCCCUCAUGUACCCAUUAAUAGGCUUCUUUUUGUGGAAAUUCAAACCUAAAAGUUGUCUGUUCUGUAUUUUGAGUUUGAAUGUCUUUUUAUUUGUAGGUGUUGUUCCACUUUCAACAUAUAUGCGCAUCUACAAGAAGGGUGAUAUUGUGGACAUAAAGGUAAUUCAUGCUUUACACUUUGUGGCCUUCUUGCCUUUUAUUACUUCAACCAUUUUAACUAUGAAAAACUUGUCGGGCAAAAAUCCCAACUGUUUGGUCAGGACAAACCCCUGUGUAAAGUGCACACUGUAGGGCAGUACUGCUUUGACGUUUGGUCUGGUGGCUGACUAGGUAGACAAAAACAUGCUAUCCAUUUCUCUCUAAUUGGGUCAUAAUUGCUACUACCAUAAUGCUCUGUGAUGAUAUUUCUCCUUACUAUUUACGUAAGUAAAUGUGAGUCAAUUAUUUCACCGGUUCUGAGAGCAUUUAUAGUUCAUUUUGGGGACAUUUGCAAAUAAUUUAAAUAUAUCUUUUAACUGGGCCUAUUUAAAAAAAAAAAAAAAAAAAUGCUUCUGGUAGAGAAAUUGGUGUGCAUGAGCGUCACUUGCUAUCUCCCAAAUCAGAGCUUCUCUUCAGAAGAAUUGUAUGCACGCCCGGUGUUUAGCAGCAGCAUACUUUGAUAGUAGAUGGAAAAAAUUGAUGGUUACUGAUUCAGUCUGAACCCCUAUGUGGCUGGCUUGCUGACAACACUCGAGGCGUGAGAGUUGUAAUAUAUACAGUGCUGUUUUUAUAGAACUGGCACAGUUUUAAUCUGUAUGUUUGUAGGGGCAAAAUCUCUUAAUAUAGUUAUACUGUCCCUUUAACUAUGGGGGCAUUUUCACUUUUAAAAAUACAAUUUCAAAUUGUGUGUGGGUGGUAUUUAAUGUUUCAGGUUUUCAUAAAACUUUCUUUUUCAGGGAAUGGGCACAAUUCAAAAAGGUAUGCCCCACAAAUGUUACCAUGGCAAGACUGGCAGGAUUUACAAUGUCACUCAACAUGCUGUUGGAAUUAUAGUGAACAAGAAACUCAGGUAAGUGUUACUCUUGGCAAUGUCCAUGCCCUUUCACUUUACCAUGUAGAUUGGUACAUGUCUAUAUUGGUCAUUCAGAAGGGCUACAACAAACAUCUUCUUAAAACCCAAGCAAAUCAUUUAUUUGACUUGAGUCCUGUCAGAGGAGACAAUUUUCUGAUAUUUUUUUUUUUUUUUUGUAAUAACUGUGGUAGCUGGUAACUUCAAAAGGGCCAAAAUUGUUGAAAUAAUGUAUAUAUGUAAACUUAAGGUUGUGCCACAUUUUAAAGGUGGUUUUCUACUGGUUUAGUUGCACCUUUUUAUAACUAAAGCAGUACGAUUACAACGUCUACAUUCAACACCUUAUCUCUAAAGAACUCUAGUCACAUUUUAUACACUUUGUUAAAAGGUCACCCAUGAAAAUAUUAUGAUUGGAUAAAGAGGUAGUUAAAUGUAUCACACUGUGGCAGAGCAGGGCAGUCUUUGUGUGCUACAAUAAGUUUAGUGGUAAUUAUAUUUUUUUGUUCCAUGUUGUGUAGGUGAAACCUCCUGUCUAACUUUGUGCCUUUAUUAAAUAUUAGACCAAUUGGUACUUUCUUAGAAUGUCAGAAAGUUAAAGGGAAAAACAAAACGCCUUAAAACAUUAUUUACUGGUGGAUAUUGGUUUGAAUCUUAUCACUGCACUACUUUAAUAUGGAGGAGGCUGUUAAAAGUAGGCUAUAGCUAAAAGUAAUGUUCUUGUAAUUGCAAGUAAAGGGAUGCCAGGCUGAAGUGUUUUGUAAUAUUUUAAUAGUAAUACAGCUGUGAUGACUGUAUGCAAGGGUUAAGGCCAUUCUGUUAAUUCAGUCAAAAUGUGUCCUGAAGGAACAGAUCCUACAAGCCUCAAAGGUAGGACAACUGUCACCUCAACACAAUUUUGUUCAGUUUUUUUACAAUACAAUCAUUUCGUGUAUUCAGUAUUUGAAUGGAAAUGGAUUAUUUGCUAAAUGAAGUAUAUGUAAAAAGAAACUCUGCCCUACCUUUAGUAUGAAAAGAUUUUUUUUUUUUUCCCAGUUCAGUUAAUUUUUAUUUUUUUUGUGUAUUCCUCAUUCCUGGGUCCUCUACCAGAGGCCUAGCAGUCUGAGUGUUCUGCGCAGUGUCUUAGCUGUUCCUAGAACUACAUUUUUCUAGACAGCGAUCUCAGAUGUUACACCAGUAAUCUGUUGAAGCCACUAUCCCAACUUGGGGGUCACAAUCCUGAGAGCUCCUAUCACAACUGGGACUACAACUGCCUUUAAUUUCCACAUCCUUUCUAGAUCAUCUUUCAGUCUUUGAUAGGUCUUCCUUCUACCUGAUGUUAUAAUUACUUUGUAUUGCUACAUCCACCACCACUGCAGUCUUCUUUCUUGUUUACCCCACCCCUCUCCCCAACAAUGUCAGGUUGGUUGGCCAGUAUGUGCUUGUCUGUCUGGAUCUGAAAGUCCCACAGGAUUUUAGCCCUGUCAUUCUCAACUACCCUUUGUGGUAUCACCCAUCUGGACUUGGGUGGUUUCAGCCCAUGUUCUCUGCAGGUAUAUCUGUACACAAUCCCAGCAACUUGGUUAUGCCUCUCUGUGUAUGCUAUCCCUGCUAACCUUUUGCACUGGACUAUGUGCUGGAUUGUGUCAGGCCUCUUUGCACAGUCUGCACAUUGGGUCUUGUCUGGCGUGCUAGACCCCCACUUUUUUGAUCUGGUGCAGAGUGCCUGUUCCUGUACUAGUAGGACUAGGGCCUCCAUGCUGUCUUUCAAUCCAGCCUUUUCCAACCACUGGUAGGAUUUUUUUAGCCACAUCCACUAGGUCAGUGGUACACCCCAUGAAGAGGUUUGUUUUUUCCAUGGAACCUCCUUUUCUUCAUCCUCUCUGUUGAAGUCUCAGGCAUUCUGUUAGCAGUUCAGCUUGGAGGGAGAAUUUCAUGAUAUACUUGUGGAUGCUCUGUGUUUCAUCCAGGACUGUGGCUUUUACACUUGAGGUCCAACCUUCUUCCUUCCGGCUGGUGUACAGUCUCUGGGUGCUGGAUUUCGAAUGGAAUCCUCCAUUCAUAGUGACUAGUUUCUGGGUUUUGACAUCCAUGGUGACCAGCUCUUCUCUUGGCCAUGUUAUUCCUGCUGGGCACCUGGUGGCUCUUGGGGAUGUUGCUAUCCUCGCCUCUUCUUCAUGGUUGCCAUGUGGUUUGUGGUAUCCCUGGGUACUUGUUGCUGUUCUCUAAAUCUCCUAUUUGACCUUCUGGAAAGGGGAAAGCGGUUUAAACUUACCUUUUUCAGCGCUGGGCGGAGAGCUCUCCUCCUCCGAUCCUCUUCUCCCCGUCGGCUGAAUGCGCACGCGCGGCAAGAGCUGCGCGCGCAUUCAGCCGGUCACAUAAGAAAGCAUUCAUAAUGCUUUCCUAUGGACGCUGGCGUGCUCUCACUGUGAAAAUCACAGAAGCACGCAAGCGCCUCUAGUGGCUGUCAAUGAGACAGCCACUAGAGGAAAUAGGGGAAGGCUUAACCCAUUCAUAAACAUAGCAGUUUCUCUGAAACUGCUAUGUUUAUGAAAAAAUGGGUUAACCCUAGCUGGACCUGGCACCCAGACCACUUCAUUAAGCUGAAGUGGUCCUUUUUAAGGGUGCCUCCCCUGAUGGUAGUGGGUGACUGUACAGACCUCACUUUCACUGGUGUUUUAAUCCAAGAACUGAGAGAAGUCAGGGAUCCAGUAUAAAAGUAUUUAUUUUGCAAAAACAAAUAUAAAAAUUAAAAUGUGAACAAAAAGUAUGUCUUGAGUCCCUAAUUUUUUUUUUCUUCCUUUGGACUGGUUUUAUCUUUCAAAUGUGCUUUAUGAUCUUGUAAAAUCUAAAUGUUUGUAUUUUUCAGAGGUAAGAUUCUUGCCAAAAGAAUAAAUGUGCGUGUUGAACAUAUUCGCCACUCUAAGAGCAGAGACAGCUUCCUGCAGCGUGUCAAGGAGAACGAGAAGAAGAAAAAGGAGGCAAAGGAGAAGGGAACUUGGAUUGAGCUUAAACGUCAGGUGAGUCCUUUAACAAGUUCAAAUUACGUGUAAGCUCCAUGACGACAUUACUCCUAACUAUUCACAAACAUGAGUAAACCGUUUCACCGGUUCUGAGAGCACUUAAACUUUGUUUUACAUCUGAACUUCAUGAAGCAAUGUGCUGCAUGUUUACGUGUCUUUCUUUUUCUUGCAGCCUGCCCACCCCAGAGAGGCACACUUUGUCCAGAACUUCGGCAAAGAUCCAGAGCUCCUUGAGCCAAUUCCAUACGAGUUCAUGGCAUAAUUUACUUCAAUUAAAAAACAUUUUUUGGA